UGCGAGUUACUAUAAAAUGUUGUGGCAAGUCCUUCGAGCGGCGGCGGUGGUCUUGUGCGGCGCGGCCGUGGCAGAAGGCGGAAAUCUAGCGCCGAUCAUCGUGCGAGGGAACCGCAUGUACAACUCCGUGACUGGGGAACGCUUCUUCAUCCGCGGGAUCACGUACGAUUACGAUGUGAGCGACGCCAACUAUGACCUCAGCAAACCCAUCAUCGAGUCCAACUUGAAGGCCUUGAUUGGGUCGUUCAACACGUUCCGCUUGUACAACGCCGACCCAACACGCACGUACGACAAGUUCAUGAAGCACAUGGACACGUUGGGGGUGUACGUGAUAGUCGCGGCAUCGCCGGCAAACCUGGACUACUACGGAAAGUACAAGUAUUCGACGAUCACGAAGAUUUGGAGUCCCGAUGGGUCGACGGUGAUCGAAGACGGGGUUACGAAGGUCCAGAAGGACCAGACCAAGACGUGUUACCCCGCGCUUCUCUUGGAGUACGGAAAGCGCCUCAUCAAGGACUUUGCCCCGUACGACAACACGUUGGGGUUCGUCGUGGCCAACGAAAUCAUGCAGCACGAUCUCAUGGCGGCGGCGUGUGUCAAGGCGUACACGUCGGAUCUGAAAAACUGGAUGCGCGGCAACGCCAAGUACAUGCGCAUCAUGCCGUUGGCGUAUGCCGGGGCCGACAGUGCCGGCACGCCCGUGAACGGUGGCACGCCGCAGACACCCGAAGCGUACACGGUGAUGAAGAUCAUGGGGUUGCUGUGCGGGGACACAAUGAAGAACGGCGUGAUGGAGCGAAGCAUCGACAUCUACUUGAUCAACGAGUACCGGUGGUGCAACGUACCUGGCACGUUCUCCCCGUACCAGCAGUUUCUCGACAUGGCCAAGGGCGUUCCGAUUGUAAUAGCACUGGGCGAGUUUGGCUGCGAUACCUACAGUCCCCGCACGUGGUCGAUGAUGCCCUACUUGUUUUCGGACUCGGUCAAGUCGAUGGGGUUUACAGACGUGUAUUCUGGCGGGUUGGCGUAUACUUUUGGUCAGGCGUCGCUCGGAGCAGACGCAAAGUACCCGCUCUUCACAGGGGGCAGCACCAAGCUCGAAGAACUGCCGGGGAAAGUGCCAACGGCCGAUUACACCAACUUGCUGACCCAGUUCAAAGCGAAUCCGUCCGUGGUGCAGAUCGGCGGGUUCACCAAGGACACUGUGUGCACGUGGAAUCCGCCGGAACCCACUCCAGGGAUAAACUCAGUGUUUAAGGUGACCAAGACGUGGUUUCCAGAGUGCACCCAUCCGAGCUUGAAGCUGGACCCGACAGACAAGUGGAUGACGAGCAGUCGGCAAGGCGCCGUGUGCGACGCAAAGGGCGGACAGUGCGAGGUACCGAUCGACUCGGCCAACCCCACGACCGAAGAGUCCAUCUGCGGGUUUGCCGUCAAGGCCCCCGAAGGCGGAGGAACGUGCAAAACCAACGAAAACUGCGGGUCCCAUGGCCAAUGUGUGGACGGACCCGACAGUAAAAAGGCGUGCAUGUGCAUCGGGUGCUACUCGGGGUCGGACUGCUCCGUGUACAACGUGGACAAGUGCAACACGCUUAAGAGCGACCCUCACGCCCCCAAGCUUGUCUUUACGGCCAUCGGCGCGUUCCUAGGUGUGAUGUUGCUCGUGUUUGGAGGCCUUGGCAUUGCUUCGGGCAAGAAGAACGCCGAGUUGCGUAAGGCCGAACUAGCCGCCAAAAGCAGCCUAGUGAACUCGACUUAACUGAAUGGAUGAUUUACAUAUUGAAAUGUGUGGAA